AUGUCGGAACUCCUUAGGUUUGAGUACCUAGCACUGCUAGGAUCCUUGAUCCUGGUCUUUCUAGAGACUGUUAUUCAUUUCAUCACAUUCUGCCUUCCAUCACCAAUCAUUCGAUUCUGCUAUGACCAAUCGAAAAAGAUCUUUAAUGUCUUUAUGCCGAAAGAAGCACAGGAUAAGCGUACAAAGGAGGAAAUACUUGCUGCAUCUAUAGCUGAGGCAUCGGAUUUUACCGAGAUCUGCUCCCUAUUUGGAUACGAGGCAGAAGAACACAUUGUACAGACUAGCGACGGAUACCUCCUGGGCUUACAUCGUCUGGCCUAUCGAAAGGGCGAGGAGGACAAAAGAGUCAACCAGGGUCCCAACUCAAUCACUAAGAAGGUUGUCUAUCUACAUCAUGGCCUGCUCAUGUCUAGUGAGGUAUGGGUUGCCUUGACCGACGAGCAGCGCUGCCUUCCCUUCCAGCUGGUUGAAAAGGGAUACGAUGUUUGGCUGGGGAAUAACCGCGGAAACAAAUAUGCGAAGAAAUCUGUCCGGUUUUCUCCUGGGUCCAAUGAGUUCUGGGACUUCUCAAUCGAUCAGUUUGCCUUUCACGAUAUCCCGAAUAGCAUCGAGUACAUCCUAGAUGUGACAGCUCAACCAUCCUUAUCUUACAUUGGUUUCUCCCAGGGAACAGCGCAAGCAUUUGCGACUCUCGCAAUUCAUCCCUUGUUGAAUCAGAAGGUUGAUGUUUUUGUGGCUCUGGCUCCCGCAAUGGCACCAUCCGGUCUUCGUAAUCGCAUCGUCGAUUCCCUUAUGAAGGCCUCGCCAAACUUCUUGUUCUUGCUGUUCGGCCGACGCAGCAUCCUCUCAUCGACAACAAUGUGGCAGACGAUCAUGUACCCGCCUAUUUACAUCCGCAUUAUCGACACUGCCUUGUCAAUUCUUUUCAACUGGCAAUGUCGCAAUAUCACUCGAGUCCAGAAGCUUGCAGCUUAUAUGCAUCUCUACUCAUUCACCAGCACCAAAUCAGUUGUCCAUUGGUUCCAGAUCAUUCGCAACAAAAACUUUCAAUUCUACGAUGACGAAUUGCAAACGCCCUUCAGUAUUGUCGGUAGUGAGCGUUUCUACAAGCCUGUCAAAUAUCCAACUCGCAACAUUAAGACACCUAUCGUGCUCCUGUACGGCGAUAGCGAUAGCCUUGUCGACAUUAAUGUCAUGCUGCAGGGCUUGCCUCGUGGUACUGUUGCAAAACCUAUUCGUUCAUAUGAGCACCUGGACUUUUUAUGGGCUUCAGACGUGGAUAAGCAAGUCUUUCAUCAUGUAUUUGAUGCACUUGAGGCCAAUAGUCCGAAAUCUGUUAAUGGGGUCAAUGGGGUCAGUGGCAACCAUGAAGUGAAUGGCAUCAACGGGGUCAAUGGAAUCGAUACACCUCAGGCCCAGCUUGAAGGCAGACCUCCCAUUACAAGUCACACUUCAAAUAGCUCUCUCCCAAGAUCCCAUCUCCAUACUACUGAGUGA